GGAUUGAGUCACAUACAGAAAGGGCGAGCACGACCGGUUUCAUCUCGGACUUCGCAGAGAAGAAGAAUCUAAACAAGUAGGGCAUCUGAAUUCCUCAUAUUUUCUUUCUUCGAUUGCUCCUUCACCAUUACUGGAGAAGAUGGGAGAGGAGGGAAAGAAAAAGAGGGUGGUUGUAGAAUCGCUGGGAUGGCUGACGGAGUCUUCGAUCAUGCCGAAAAAGCACAAGGCCAUAGCUGGUGUCGGCGCAUCUUCAAUCAUGGAGCUCAAGGCUCACCUCUACAAGUCUCAAGAAGAGUCCAAGAAAUCCAAGGAAUUGGCUGGCCCCGACGUCGAGUUCCACCGUGCAAAGAAGAAGAUUACUCCCAAAGACCUUCUCUCCUCCCACAAUUCCGGCGUCGAGGCCCGCGCUCUCAAGGAUAAACUUGAGCUUAAAGCUAUUAAGGAUGGAUCAGUAAGCUAUGCUGCACUAGAGAAGAAGGCUGCGAUAUAUGACAAGCUAGUGAAAGGGGAACUCUCAGAUGAGGAAGAUCAGGAGAAGUAUUGUGUGGAUUUUUUCCGCAAGAAUCUUGAGCAGGACGAAUCACAGCUACCACAACACCAUGAUGCUUCUGCACCCGGAGAAACGGACACUCCAGAAGACGAGACCGAGCCAUCGUUCUUGUUUAACUCAAAGACAACAGGACUUGGGAGGACGUCUGGAAUAGUGGACAACAACGAGCAUAAGCGCUUUGUGAGGGAGGUUCAUGAAGAAGUAAAUCAAGCAAGAGAGAAGGCAUCCGAGCUGAAAUUGCGUAGACACGAGCAGGCCGCAGCACGUCGUGAGAAAUUGAAACUGGCAUAUCUCCGUAAACAAAUCGAGAAGUUGAAGGCUUCAUCAAAUUCAGGACAAACGUAACAGAGGAAGAGAAGUAUAGAGUGCUUUAGUACCAAUUUACCUCUGAAGCAGCGAGACAUUGCUUCCAUUGACAGCAAAUGGACAGACCUUCGUCUCCAUCAAGCCUUUCUAUUCCCAAACCUUCUUAAUUUUCACCUUGCAUCUUAAAUUGGACAUGUCAUGGAACUAGAUAACUUUGUGCUCCACUGUAUAUAAAAUCAAUGUCAGGAAACAAAAAAAUUGUGGCUAUUGCUGAAAAA